AUUAUUCAACAGAUUUUCUAUUACAAACAGAAAAUUUUACAUAGGAAGAAAUCGAAUUAUGUUCAAGGUCACUUGCAUCAUCGUGGCGUUCUUUGUUCUUGCUGUGACCUGGCAGGUGGAGGCGCUCCGAUGUAACUGCACGGCCAUCACAUGCGCUCGAGUAGACGAACGGACUUGUCGGCACGGCGUCGGACUCAACGCCUGCGGCUGCUGCCAAGUUUGUCUCCGGGGCCCAGGAGAAAGGUGUGGAGGGCCUUGGAAUAUAGAAGGCAAAUGCGGCAGAAACUUGACGUGCUCUAAACUCGGCCCCGAUUCUGUCAACUCGCGCGGUAUGUGCGUAAGAGUUCCUAGAAGAAGAUUCCCGUUACUCGCCGCCACAAAUGAGAUCGAAGAUUAACCUGGAUAUUGCGUUGCAGGUUUCUGAGUAUAAUUUUCAAAUAUUAUACUGCCUUCCGCUUUUCUUUAUUGGGAUUGUUAAUAACUAGAGAUGUAAUUUAUUUUACUGCAAUUUUUCAAUGAACUGCAACUAUUAUUCUAAUCAAUUUCAUAUGAAUUUUAUUCUACUAUAACGAAAUUUGUGAAGCCAACAAAUAAAUGUCUAAUGACCUUAAUAAUGUCUUGAGUUCAUCUGUUGAUUCGUCUUAAUUGAAUUAUACAUGGAAGAAGACUUAAACCACUAUUUUUUUAUUACCUAAUUAAACACCCCAAUUGAAUUUCAAUGCACAAAUACGAUCUCGGCCUCAAUCUCUGCAGCUGCUAACAAGUUUAAUUCCUGUAAAUAAUUUAAGUUUGAAUAAAAAUUAAUCCAUAUUUCUUGGAGUGUAUUCGAUUAUCAAUGAAUGUAGUCUUCAUUCUCGCUAAAUCGAAGACAACAAUUUCGUCUCAGGUGAUAGGUAAGUUGUGUGAAUAGUCAUUUGUUAUUUUUCAAAAUUGUCAGUCAAAAUUGUUGUUUUUGAUGACAAUUUGUUUUUUAUAAUUUGUAAAUAAGGUGGGCCGAUUGGGCGUACGAUACUAUCAUGUUAUAAAUUAUAUAGACAAGGGAAAUCUUCCAUAAGAAAAUGCGUGGCUUUCAGGGCAUAUUAGUAAAUUUUUUGUUUCGCAAAUCUUGAACAUUUCACGACUUAACAAACCUAAUACUGAUUUCCAAGUGAAUACUUGUAGCACCGUAAAAUAUUCAUUUAAUUUUCUUUUUUCAACUCUGAAUUGAAAAUUUAAAUUUCAACUCCAUAGUAGUUGAAACUACAACAACAUAGUAGUUUUCAACCUAAAAUUCCCAAAAGUUCUUACAAUACGUUUUUAACUAACAGUCCAUGCAAAUCAGUAAAUUAAUAGUUAUAUUUACAGCUCUAAAUUUUGUUUUAACCAGGAGCAGAGAGAUACUUAAAUGUCAGUUAUUAAAACCGUAGACUAACCUGAAAUUCCACUAUUUUCUUUGAGAGGUACAUUGAGGAUAUACUUAUUUAAAUAUAAAUUUCGAUAACGUUCAUCACUGUGUCAAUAAAUACAGAAAGAAUAAUAUUCGAUAACAUCUCUGUUUCAUGAAUUUUAAACUUGCUAGUAACACUAGAUCCAAUUUGAAAUUCAUGGAAUAAUAAUUCGAACCUAAUCGUAUCACUUACUUGAAUUUAUGAAAGGGAUUUUCUUUAUUAAUUGUAGUAUUAUUAUUAAUUGUAGUAUUAAAGACAAAUAGAGGGUGGUUCUUUUCGAUCCCCGAGCUUUUAUAUAUAUUUGGAUUUCACUGCGAAAAGAAACUCUUUAUUUAUUUUUAUUACAUGGACCGGCUGGGUAAGCUUGCUUGUGUCAAUCUUCGUGCUCUUGCUUUGAAUCUAUUGGUUUUGAUAAUGGCACCUGGUUGCUACUAUAGAAUGCUAAUUUAUUCAAAAUUCAGGAUCUGAAAUCAAUUUGUCAUUUUUGGGCGAUAUCUAAUCAACCUUUUGAUUCGCGCUCUGAAUAGUACUUAGAUAAGGAUCCAUGGGUAAGAAAAGUUGGACGGUUAAUUUGGAAUCUAAAAGUUUUCAGCGUCAAAAAACUUGUGAAAUUAAUUUCAGUCGACGAUACCUGAAACCCAGGAGUACACUUGAAGUACUUUUAAGGAAUAGCUCCUUUACAUUAAUUGAUAGGAGUUUCAAUGGAUAAUUUUUGAUGACAUUAAAAAAUAGUUACGACUCCUAUUGGAAAACUACUGAAUGGAAGAAAAAUAUUUUUUUUCUUUUGAAGGUACU